GGGAACUUGCCUCAGUAGAGCUGCCGACUCCGUUGUAGCCGGGUUAUUACGUAACCAACAGGUUGGUGAUGUUUGUCAACGAAAAGACCCCUUUGAGAGGGUCAAACAAUUAUGUUCCUUAUUCUUUUAUGAGCGACAGACAGGGAGCCUUCAAAAGGAAAGUUCGACAGUACCAGUGUUAUAUUUGCGUGUCUGUUUUAUUGACAUGUACACUAUUAGGUGUCCUAGCGAUAUUAUUGUACCCUAGUGACAUAGCGGAGGACUUUAACGGAAGUGAUCUUCUUCAACUUCCCUUGAAAAAAGCAUCCCCGAACCAAAUAAAAACACUUGAACAACCAGAAGCAGAAGAAAGAUAUCAAAUACCAAAAUCGCUUAAGUCACUAAGCUUGAAAGAAGAUCCUAGCUUUGAAGAUAUCACUUUGAAGAAGUUCACUUCAUGUUCGUUGUCCAAGUACCGCUUCACCAACGGAAUGUGCAACAACUUAGCACACCCUAUAUGGGGUGCCAGCGGCCAGCCCUUCAAUCGCCUCCUUCCAUCCGACUAUUGCAAUGGAAUAUCAACUCCUAGAUGUUCCUCAAAUAAGACUGAUCUUCCAUCUCCAUACUUUAUAACUUCUAAAAUAAAUUCAUGGAAUGAUGGAAGAUGGCAGCAAUAUGUAAAUGACAUCACUGGUAUGACUAUGUUACUGUGGGGAGCAUUUAUUUAUCAAGAUUUGAUUAAUGUACCAGAGUAUGGUUUGCCUAAACAGUUGAACUUGGCGACAAGUUUUCUAGAUGGUUCUAAUAUUUAUGGGAAUAGUAUGGCUGCUGAGAAGAAAUUGAGAACAUAUUUUAAUGGAGAGCUUAUACUAGACAAAUAUAAAGAACAGAAUUAUUCUGCCAUCAACAGAUAUUGGAAGUGUCAAAAUGGAUUUUUGGAUUUUCAAAUAUUUGACAAGGUCUUGACCAAACAACACAAUUUUAUCACUUCUGAGCUAAAAAAGAUCAAUUAUCUGUGGAAUGAUGACAAGUUGUUUUAUGAAGCUAAAAGGAUUGUUACAGCACAAAUACAACAUGUUACUUACAAUCAAUUCUUAGAAUAUAUACUUGGAGAACACCAAAGUGAACAGUUUGAUUUAAAGCCUUACCCAAGUGGAUACAACAAAAAAUAUGAUGAAGCAAUGGAUCCUACAAUCAGCAAUGUUUUUGCAGCUGCAGCGUUCAAGUCUGUUUUUGCCAAAUUGUCCAAAGCCAGAAUUCAGCUCAGGUGUGACUUCUAUUCAUUAGCCCAUGAUAUUCAAAGAGGGCGUGAGUAUGGAUUACCAAGCUAUGUCAAGUGGAGAGAGUUCUGUGGUUUACCUCAACUUACCAUUUUUGAUGAACUUUAUCCAUUGAUGGGAAUAAACAAUACAGAUAUUUUGAAAGAAAUUUAUAGUGAAAUAGAUGAUAUCGAUUUAUUUGUGGGAAUAAUUUCUGAGAUCCCUGUAGAAGGAAGCAUAUUUGGAGAAGUUGGCAUGUGCUUAAUGGCUGAUCAGUUUAAACGGCUCAAAACUGGGGACAGAUACUGGUAUGAAACAGAUCAACCUCUUCAAAGAUUUUCUGAAGAACAAUUAACUGAAAUAAGGAAAACAACUAUUACAGGACUGAUUUGUGAUAAUUUAGAAAUGAAUGGUGGUUUCCUGCGGACAAAUACCUCCUUAGAAUGCCCCAUUAAAUCAAAAAUGAAUUUGACACCGUGGUUAGAGAAUGACAAUUUAUUAGAAAACGAAAAAGAUACAUAUGAGAUUGUAAAUUUAGGAAAAUUUUUAAAUAAUAAUCUUUUAUCAAAAAAAAAUACAUCAAUUGUCAUUCUUAAAAGAACUGUUAGCCUUACUAUGAAUGUGGCAAACAUCACUGCCACUUCAAACGGCAGUAUUUUGUAUGAAGUUUACAACCAAAAACCUCCAAUUUUGCUUCCUUUAGAUCGUGUAAUUGAUCCAAACGCUUACACUGCAAGCACUGAUGCUAGUUUUAGGGCUACUGUUGAUGGUAACAUUAUUUCUGGAUGUGCCAUUGUUCCAUUAAAAAAUUUAGAUGGACCAAAUUACAGCCUAAAAUUACAGUUUGAAGCUGAUAUUUCAUUUAAGUGGGGAAAAACAAUUGAUCUUGAUGGAAAAGUGGAUUAUCAGUGCAAGGUUCUCUUCCAAUCUUACACGAAAUCCUCCAAUCCGAAUGUACUUGAACAAAACAAUAUUCCCAAGUCAAAUGUCUUGUCUGAAGUUCCAGAAGCUACAGAACAGUGUACAAUCAUGCUGGUGGGUAUGUUUUAUCAACGUCCGUUUUAUUGCUCAGUUUUCCCUUGGUGGUGUUUAGAGGGCCAAUUGUUUUACUGGUCCGGUGAUAUGAAAAUGGUUUUUAAAUCUACUUCGAACAAUCCUAAUAAUACUAAUGUAAAUAAAAUAAAAACUGGAGGACUUAAAACAUUUACCAUUAAGCAAAAAUCUGAAAAUGUAAAAGUUGAAAAAGAAUUUGCUAGUGUUACAGUUGUAUCUGGUCAGGUUUCAGGAAACUUUGGAAAUGAAACAGUUGAUGUUUCUGUUAGCCCUCCAUUGGACAUAUACCUUGAUCAUCUUAUUAGUCCAAGUGCAUUCGAUACAAGUUUUGAAGUAACUUUUUCUGGAACACCUGUUGAUGACAGUUCUAUAAAUGGUCAAUUUUCUAUAGCAUAUUUUCCAAUUCUAGGAAAAGGCACAAAGAAUACAGUAAAGGCUAACUAUAAUUUUGAUUUUGUAUAUAAAUACGGAGGUUCUAUAGGGAUAAUAGAACAAUCAAAAACCUAUUCAUGUAAAGUAAUGUUCCCAUCACUGAAAAAAAGCACACAAGCAACUGAAGUGAAUGAUCUACUUCCAAGAAGUACAAUAAAAGGGAAAACUCCUUUUGGUGAAUCUUGCUCAAUAAUGUUAAGUGGUUAUUUCCAGACACCAUCCUUUUACUGCUAUUUAACUCCCUGGUGGUGCACUGAAGAAAAAAUUUUCCACUGGAAUGGUGAUGUUGAAUUGACUUUAAAACAUAAAUAUAAUACUACUGAUAAUGAUAUUUUUGUAAAUCGUCCAAUUGUUAUUGAUGGGAAAGAACGGAAUACUGCCAUUGAUAGUCCAUUCCAAUAUAAUUAUAAUGAUUUCGAAGACAAGUUUCUGGGUCAUCGAUUAGGAGGAAAAGUACGCAAAGGAUGGGUUCAAGUCAGAAAUAGUGGGCUUUUUCAACCUUCCAAAACCAUAUGGUCUGGAGAAUUGCCAACUACCAUAGACUUACCUAUUUUCUGGACACCUGGAGACAGUGAAGAUCAGGUUGAACUCUCUGAUGUUUUCGGCCAUGAGGUGAUUUGGUCUUGCUCUGUAUUUCAGUCGACCUUACAAGGAACCUUUUCAUUUCCUCAAUAUGUUGGACAUGGACCUCCCCCAUUGGUCAACUGGAUGAAAGGAAAGUUUUAUUUUGAAUUAGAGACUGAUGAAAGUGUCUCAAUUUAUAACAUGAUCGUUCCUGGUAUGUCCUACAGAUCUCGUAUGAAUUUCCACGAAGAACGAAACCCUGAUUUUGUACCAUUUGUUACCCCUCAAAGGGGAGGUUCAUCAAAUGAUGAGGUGUAUCAAGGUAUAAGGGCUCCACUAAUAUUGCUGGGAAAAUAUUCUGUUGACCGUAAAUCAUUUUCAUGGAAUGGAUCAUUUAUCAUAGUUUUCACAAAAAGUGCUAAAGAUUUUAUGCUCUUUUAAUUAAAAAACAGAUAUAUCAUUAACAUUACCAUUGUGAAGGAUACAUGGAUGUAUGAUUUCCAUAUCAUAAUUUUAAAUUACCUAUCAUGAUUCUGGAGGACCAAUUGUGAGUAAAAUUGAUGAAAAUAUAUUUAACAGUAUAUUGAUGUUUCUUAUCCCUUUUGAAACAUUUAAUUAAUAACAAUGAAAUGACUUAUCCUUCUAUAACAUAAUAUUUGUUGUAGUAUUAAACAUUUUUUAAGAGCUAAAAAAAUACAAGAAAACUUAGGUAUUUAGCCAUGUUAGUAUUUUUAUAUGAUUAUUGGUUUUAUCAUGCCAACUUUGAUUGUUGACAAAGUUAUCAACUUAUGAAAAUUAAUUCAUAUAGAUGUAUAAACCUACAUUCUUUUUUAUAUCUUUAAAAAUUUUGUUU